AUGCGACAGCAUCCCAGAGGACACUCGGCCCUCGCAGGCUUGGGCUUCGAUGAGCAAAUUGAUAUGCGCGACACAGCUACUAACACCGACUUGCAGGCCAUGGAGAAGUACGGCGUGCAACCCAACCCAAACAUGACCAAAGAAUCCAUGAAUGCCAAACUUCCCCCCUCGGUCAAAUGGCCCGCAGACAACUACGACCACCUGCACGAACAACCCACCUGCUUCUACGCCAUCAUCUUGGCCCUCGACCGAUUGGGCAUGAACGACGACCUGACCGUGAACCUCGCGUGGGCGUACGUCGGACUCCGCGUGGCGCAUAGUUUGGUGCAGAGUAUCAGCAAUACCAUCAUGGUGAGGUUUGGCAUCUUCGCCGUCAGUAGCUUGGCGUUGGCGGGGUUGACGGGGAGGGCGGUCCAGACGUUUUUGUAG